AUGACGCCGCGUGCCGCCGAGGCGCUGCCGCAGGCGCCGCUCUGCAUCCACUGCGGCGCACGCGUCGCGAGCCUGUGGCGCAGCUAUGGCGCGCCCGCAGCGACGAGCGGUGCCGCAGCCUCGGCGGCGUCCGGCAGUGGCGCAGGCGCAGAGCGGCGGGCGCGAGCUGCCGAGACGCCCCUGGGCCCCGUCGCGCUGCCGCCGCAAGGCGCACACGUCGUGCUGACGCCGUGCGCGGCGUGCGAGAAGGGCCACGCGGGCGCAGAUGCGUACGUCGAGGGCGAGUGGGGCGGCGUCGGCCUAGACCUUCUGCUCGUGCGUCCGUCGGCAUACCGGCAUCUGCUCUUCAACCGCCCGUGGCUGGCCGGCGCCGGCGUCUCGCAUGCGACGCUGCUGCGGCACGGCCUCGCGCUGGGGCUCGUCGAUGCGUUCCUGCAGUGGCGCGCACAGCCUGCGCCGCUGCCCGCACUGCUGGCCUCGUUCGGCGAGCACGCCGCCGCGCGGCUGCUGGCGCUGGCGCUGCGGCACGGCGCGCUGCAUGUGCUCGUCGGCCUGCUGCUGCGGCGCAUCUGCAAGAGUGCCUCACACCGCAGGCAGGCGCUGCGCCAGGCACAUGCAGCGCUGCAGCUCGCGUCGCUGGCGCCGCUGAGCCUGCUCGUGCUGCUGUACCUCUGGCGGCCGCGCGACGCGGCGCCCGGCACGCCGCCGAGUCUCGGCGAGCUGAGCACGCGCACGCUGCUCGGCGGUCUCAGCGCGGGUGUGGGACUGGGCGUCGUGAUCCCGCGGCGCGCGCCGUACACGACCUGGCGCACCUGA